AUGAGUAACAAAUUAUCAUUUUGCUUAAAAUGUAUAGUACUACUCAUAAAUAUAUUUCUAACCAAAAAUAAGAUAAUACAUAUAAAUAAAAUAAAAUUGUUUCCAUGUUUUAUAAAAAAUGUUUUGCCUCAUAGGCAAAAGGACUCUCCAGUUGUGCAGAGUAGACUUAUUCGAAAGCAUAAACAUGCUUCCUAUAUAUUGAAAAAGAAAGACAAUCCUUUAAAAUUAUCUAAGGAGGAAAAUAUAAGCAAAGAAAGUAGUACAUUAGACUAUUUAAGUAAAUUCUUAGAUAGCACAUUGAACAGAAAAUACGAAUAUAUGAAUAAUUCUCUAAAUACUAAUUUUACUAUAAAUAACUUGGUCAACUAUUUAGAGAGAAAUGGGAUAACAUUACAAAACAUUAAAUUUACUGAACAUAGUCGGAAAAGCUAUGCAUACACAAAAAAUAGAAUCUAUGAUUUUAUAGAAGAACAUAAGGUUCAAGUUAACGAAAAUUUUGAAAAACAAGUGAAAGGGGAGAAUAAUAAUAAAAGUAACAAAGAAAAUGGUAGUGAAAAGAUCAAAUAUAAACCUAAUGGUGAUAACUAUACUUAUACAAGUGACGAUGAUAAUAUAAUACUCUGCAUGAACGCAAAAAGAGAAAUUAAAAAAUCGGAAGUAAUAUGUAGCAUUCCUAAUUCAUACAUUAUUAAUUUUGAUCAUGUAAUAAACCAAAUUCAAAAUUUUGUAAAUUCUUUUUCUAAUUCUUAUAAUGUAAAUUAUAUAAAAUAUAUAUUUAAGAAUAACAUGGAAGAACAAGUAAAAGAAUUAGAUCCUCUUGCAAUUUUAAUGUAUGAUAUAUACACAAGACAUAUUAGUUUCCUUUCUUUUAUGAAAUCACCACAUAUUUAUUUAAAAUACUGGGAUAUCAAAUUAACAUUAAUAAUUACAUAUAUAUAUUUUAUUUCAAAAUAUGUAAACAUCCUACUUUAUGCUUAUAACUUUAAUAACACCUUUUUCCUCUUAUUGAAUAAAUAUUUUGAAGAAAUAGAAGAAAAAAGGGAUUUAUGUAAAAAUGAACUUCAUAUAAAGGAACAAACAAUGUUUCUUGAGAAAAAUAACAAUAUAUUACACAUAAAUGAUAAAGCAGAUAAAGCAUUUCCCUUAAACUUCCAUCAUAUGAAGGAAAUAAAUUCAAUGCUUCACGCAAACUCAUACGCUACACUUAAAAAUGAAAAAAGUUUUUUGUUUUAUAAAAAUUAUGAAUAUUAUAUCAAUUACAUUGUAAAUAAAAAAAUGUUAAGUCAUUUGCCCUUGUUCUUUUCCGAUUCUUCCUUUUUUCUCUUUAAUAAUACAAAUAUUAAAAAUAUUAUAUAUUUUAGAAGACAGAUGAUUCAUGAAAUAGUAAAUCUGUACAAAAACAAUGAAAAUAAUGAUUAUAAUUUUCUAUUUAUCCACUCAGAUAUUAUAGAUAGAAUUUUAUUUACAAAUAACAAAUAUUAUUCUCAAAUUGAACACUAUUUAAAAAACUGUAACACUUGUAGAAAAACUCAAAAUCUAUAUAUUUCAAAAUUGCAACAUGUCCACAUGGUUGAUCAGAAUGAAUUAUAUAAAUUCAUUUUACUUGGAUCAGAUUACUCUAACGUACAGAAACAGAAUUUAAAUCAUGAUCACAAAAAUUACUCUUACUAUAAGGAUACAUUUAAUCAAAUUGGGAUAAACAGUAACCCCAUAAGUGGCGAAGAAAAUUUCUCCAAUGGCAAAUGUAAUCACCUAAAUGACAACUUUGAACACAUCAUUAGAUCGGUUACUUACGAUUCUUCCCUAUUUAAAUCGUUUGAUGAACUUUUCAAUUACAACUUUUUGAUGCACAUAUAUUCAUAUGUUUCUUCCCAUGUUAUAAAAAUAAAAAGCGACAUAAUUUUAAUUGGAGAUAAGAAAAAAAAUGAAAUAAUAAAACAAGAGGACGAAGAAAAUGGGCAUUAUAACAACUUAAAAGAUAAUAUUUUAAACAGUAGCAUAAAAAUGACGAUCAGUGAUUAUAAAGUUGCUGAGCAGUUUAGUGUAAAGGAAUGUUCUAAAUAUGAUUUUAGCGAAUAUGAAAAAAAAGAAAAAGAAGAUGAAAACAGAUAUAUGUGUUUAAUACCUAUAAUAGAUAUUUGCAAUCAUAGGAAUCUUUUCACGAAUUCUAUUAUUAAGAAGGAAAUCAAGCAAAUUAGGAAAAAAAAAUUCUACCAAACACGUGGUUACAGAACUGAUGAGAACAGCAAAACGUAUCACAAUUAUGAUGGCAGUGUAUGUGUUAGCCAGACGAACAAUAUUUCGAUAAAAAAAAAGGAAGUAAAUGAAAUUUCAGAAGAGAGUGCAUAUGAAGACAAGCCAGAGGAAAAGACGUUUGAAGAGCACGAAAAAAAUACGAAUAAGAAUAAUGAUAAUAAUAAUAAUGAUAAUAAUAAUAAUAAUAACAGUAGUAACAGUAGCAGUAGUAACAGUAGCAGUAGUAACAGUAGCAGUAACAGCAGGUGUAACAGUGACACUAAUGAUAAUAACAGUGUGAAAGAUUCACCAACUGACAAUGUUUAUAAUGUCGAGUUAAUCAGCUCAGAAGAUAUAGGGGUUGAUGAAGAAAUUACAAUAAGCUACGGGAAGCUGAGUAAUGAUCUUUUACUACUGGAAUAUGGAUUUAUAGAAAAAAAAAGUACAAGAAUUUAUUUCCAUUUUGAUGUGAAAAUAAUAAGAGAGAUAAUUAUACAAAUAUUAGGGUUUGAUAAAUUACCUCUUAUAAUGCUAGAGAGUUUACCACAGGUUAAAGUAGAACUGUUUAAAUUAUUAAAUAUUAUUCCUCAUAAUGAUAAUGUAUAUGAGAGGUUUGAUAUUAAUAAUGCUGAGAACGCAAAAAUUACAAGAAAAAAAAAAGAAAUAUUAAAUGAUUAUGUACGCAAAAAUAAAUAUUUUAAUGAAUAUAAUAUAUUUACAAUGAAAGAACGUAUUAACAAAUUUUAUAUUGAUGAAAAACUUCACCAUUCUCAACAGAAAAAAUAUUUCUACAUAGGUACUGAUAACAUAAUAGAUCCCAUCCUAUUAGCUGUUAUCAGAAUUAUUAUUUAUGAUGAUUUAAAUCAUCUUUCCAAAAUUGAUAUAAAUGACUUAUUAAAAUGGGAACAAUACUUAUCAGUAAGCUCUGAAAUAAUCGUGCUACAUGUUUUAAUUAAAUUAAUUGAUGAAAUUAUUUAUGAACAAUUUUACGAUAUUAAUUAUGAAAAAGCAUUAAAAGAAGGCAUGCUUAAAUAUGCUGAUUUAAAAUUCUUACAAAAUAAAUUUUUGCAAGGAAAUUUAUUUAACUCAGACAAAUCCAUAAAUGUUUUUGAACACAAUAAUUUUAACAUUGUUUUAUACAAAAUUAUGAAACUUAAAGAACUGCAAAAUGCAAAAAUUAAGCUUACACAAAAAUAUAAACAUAUGAAAAAUCUUUUAAAAAAUUAA